UUUUUUCAAUUCGUUUGCUUGACGUUCACGGACGUGUAUCCGCACACAGCACAUACUCGAAUACGUUUCGCAAUAGAUAUAUCAAAAUUCUCCGUGUGGACUGGAUGCAACACUAAAUUGCCAGUGUUUUUCCCGCUUUUCUAACGACACAAAAUUCUCAGUGCAAGACCAAAACGGCAACAUAACAACAAAUCGACCACCAACGAUAAUAACAACAAGUCCUCCGGAGGAAGUGGCUCCAAAACACCAAGUGGAAAUCGCCCAGGCUUCUCGACGGGAUUGGAACCAAUAUCAUGUUGUUAAAAGUGCCAUCUGUGGAUUGGACGGAUCAAAUAAUUUACGUUGUGGACGACGAGGAGUCGCUCUCAGACAUCGACGAUGAGCCAGAUUUCUCCGAAUACAUGUGGAUGGAGAACGAGGAGGAGUUUGACAAGAACGAACUGCAACGCCUGGAGGAGGAGGAGAUCAUGCAGGAGUGUUUCGAAGCCAUGAUCGAGGACGAGCUGGAAGAGCAGAUCAACGAGUGGGAGAAGGCCAAAACGGACGAGCAGAACACGGCGCUUUCCGCGCUGCCAAAGAGCGAAUGUAAUGUGGAAAAGUCUGUUCUCAAUCCCAUGGCCGAUGAGUUUAUUCCGCUUAGUCAUGUCCUGGAUUCCCCUGCCUCAUAAAGCCAGCUCACACCCUGCCCGCCACAGAAUCACAAACCACCCCGAACCCAUAACACGUGGACCUCAUUCGCGCAAGUCCUUAGAUAAACCGAAGAUCCUUUUGCUAAGACUCAACCAACAAAUUCCGCCAAUGAGAUUGAGAUUUAUAUCCUGACCAAGUUGAGCAGCUAGAGCAUACGGAGCAAGUAGCUCAAAGUUAUCUAGUUUCUAGAUACCAAAACGCUGGAGUAAACAACUAAAGAUACUAGCCAACUCCAAAGUGCUGGCGACCGAAAUGCAAACGAAUCAUAUUUUUAAAAACCAUUAUAACAAACAAAAAACAACACAAAAUCACUGCAGAAAUAUAAAAAAAUGUUUAAGAGAAGAAAAAAACUAAACUAAAGAGUAAGAACACGGACAAAUAACAAUUAACAACUAUGCCACGUACAUCAGAGUACAUUGUAAUUAGAGUUAAACACGAAUUGUUUGCCGAGGAACUCGGUUCCCGGAGCCCCAGAAAUUCCGAACCCAAAAUGUUACCGAAAAACGCAGACGCAGGCGCUUGCUGAAGCUAGUGAAAACUUUGGUAUUAACGUACAAAACGAAAACAAAUGACUUUUUACAAGCAACUUAAACUAAAGCUACAACUAAACUAUGCCAAUUUCCAGCUAAAGCAACUGUAAGCAACAAACAAGACUCGAUUGUGUUAGAAACAAACCAAGAAACGAACAGAAUUUGUAGUUGUCAUGUCGUUAAAUUGAAAUUCUAUUCAAAGACUUUAAUUGUAGUUUAAACUGUAUUUAAUUUAACGUCCCGCCCUCUCGUCUACACUCGUUUUAAGUUGACCAUUUUGUGGAAUAUAUAUAUGUACGUGUUUACUAGUUUUUUUAAACAUAAUUUUGCACCAUUGUUAACUCGUUGUACGUUCUACGCCCAGGUUACGAGAAGCGCUUGUUAACUUCCCUUCUGACUCUCGCAAUACUUGUAAUUUACAAUUGUAAUUUAGUGUACUAAACGAAUCGAGAUACUAAUGUUUAACGCCUCUUUAUACAAAAAACGCAUGCAAAAAUAUGUAUAUCUAGUGUUAAUGGAAGGGAUAACAAACAAAACCAAUGCUGCAAUAACAAAUAGUUCUCUAAUUUUAAGUGAAAAAUUCUUUUGAAACACAAAUCCCAAAUUUAUUUUGUUACUAUCGUUAAAACUCGUUUCGGCAUGUAGACAAAGAUGAAUUUCUAUUUUUUCAAUCAGCUUAGAGUUAGUGACUUAAGACAGCAUUAAAAGAUCUACUACAUUACUUACGUUACGUGUGAUAUAAAGAUACAAAAACCAGCAAAAAAAUAUCAAAAAUGAUUUUAAAAAUCUCAAUAAAAAGAAGUAUUAU